CAACUUUUCUUACGCGCGCGUUAUUUUUUUUCCCCCGUUUUCCAACUUUUCUGAGCUGUGUCUGAAUUGAGCUCACAAACUCAGGAUUGACUGACGUCAGGUUGGCAUGCUUAAUUUUGGAAAUCUUGCACGCUUCCCCGUUGUGAGGAUUUUAGACCGAGAAAACCUGAGAGCUUUGUUGGGGUCAUCAUCAUCAUUUCCCUUCUUUUUUUCCCAUGUCCUAUCUUUCCUCUGACAAAGCAGAGUCAGAAUUGGCUCAAAGCAUUAAAAAGGCUACCAGUCCCGAAGAAACCGCGCCCAAGCAAAAGCAUGUCCGAAAUUGUAUUGUAUACACUUGGGACCAUCGUACAUCCGCCAUUAUCUGGAAUAUCUUGAAAGUACAACCUAUCUUAUCGGAUGAAGUGCAGACUUUCAAGGCCCUUAUUACAGUUCACAAUAUUAUCAAGAACGGCCACCCAAAUGUAAUCAAAGAUGCACUUCGAGAAACGGGAUGGUUGGAAGCCUGCGGACGUUCGGUGAAUGGCGAUGGUGUCCGUGGCUAUGGUACCUUGAUCCGUAAUUAUGUCGAUCUAUUGUUACAUAAACUGCAGUACCAUCGUGAUCACCCAGAGUUCAACGGUGAAUUUGAUUACGAGGAAUACAUCAGUUUGAAAAAUGUCGACGAUCCCAACGAAGGUUUUGAAACAAUCAACGAUCUUAUGACGCUUCAGGACCGUAUUGAUCGCUUCCAGAAAGUGGUAUUCGCCAGCUUCCGUCACUAUACCAACAAUGAGUGUCGUAUCGCUUCGCUUGUGCCUCUGGUGGAAGAAAGUCAUGGUAUUUACAAGUUUAUCACCAGUAUGCUUCGAGCCAUGCAUCGACGCUUGGAUGCCAUGGAUGCCCUGGCUCCUUUACGUCAAAAAUUCAAUGUACAACACUACAAUCUAUUGAAAUUCUAUUAUGAAUGCUCCAGCUUGAAAUACCUCACCAAUCUCAAAGACGUGCCUAAACUUCCUGCUGAUCCACCAUCUUUGUUUGAUGUCGACACUCCUAAACUCCCUAAACGGCCUUCCACAGCUCAAGACGAACCUACACCCCCUCCCGCUCAACCUUCGCCUGAACCUGUCAUCGAUUACUGGUCUCAGCAGCAGGCUCAGCAACAACGUGAGUACGAAGACGAACAGAAACGGUUGGCCCAACAAAGAGCAGAUGAAGAGGAAAGAAUGCGUCAGCAACAGAUGCAGCAACAACGCGAAUUUGAAGAACAGCAGCGACUGAUGGCCGAACGUGCACGCCAACAACAAGAAGAGCUCAUGCGACAGCAAAUGCAGAACCAUCAAGCAGGUCGUAUCAACGAACUCGAAAUGCAACUGUUGAAUUAUCGAAAUCAACUCGAGCGCGAUCAAAUGAUGUUGGAGCAAUAUGAUCGACGUGUCAAAGCACUUGAACAGGAAUUGAGCAUGGUGAACUCCAAUGCACAGCUACGUGACCAAUCAAAAGACGAAUUGAUCCGAUCCUUACAAAAUGAAAUCCAAAUGUGGAAGAACAAGUAUGAAGCCUUGGCCAAACUGUACAGUCAACUUCGUAAAGAACACAUUGAUCUGCUGAACAAAUACAAGCAGUUGCAAGUAAAGGCCAACUCGGCUCAGGAAGCUUUGGAUAAAGUCGAACGUAUGCAAGCGGAUAUGCGUGCCAAGAAUAUUGAACUGGCGGAUCUCAUCCGUGAACGUGAUCGAGCUCGGAAUGAACUUGCAAGAGUGCACGAGAAUCAGCGCGAUGAAAUGGAUCGUUUACGAAGGGAAUUAUCCCAAGCUCAGCAACAAAUGGCGGAUUCAGAAAAGGGCAAACGCGACGAAUUUGGUGCGCUUGUUACAAGAUUGAGACAACAAAAGGAGGAUCUGGAAUCCACGCUUUUGGAAAAGCAAGCACUUAUUGAUGAGUUCAUUCGACAGCUGGAAGAUAUGGAAGGCAACGCCGAUAAAGUGCGAGCAGAAAAAGACGAGGAAAUCGCCGUUUUGCAGGCCGGCAUGGACGAAUGUCUUCAACAAUUAGCGGAUUUGCAGCAGAAUGACAAGCAACGUGAUCUUCAAGAUCAGUUGGAGCAUUUGGAAACUGAACAUACCGCCAAGCUGAGCCAGAUUUUAGACAGCAUUUUGACCACAUGUAUCCAAAAGAUCAACGACGGCAUGUACGAACUGGAAACGCCUGGACAGCAUGGUAACGAAAAUGCUACGCCCGAAUUGACCUUGUCCAUGAUCGAAAGAGCAAGUAUUUCAUCGGUUGAAUUCCUGUCUGCUUUUAGCAAAUUCAUGGAUGGCAGCAAUACCGGUGACCAUGCCAGUACCAUUGCAUGUGCGCUCGGUCUGGCGGAUACCAUGAUUGACGUAUUACUGCAUGCCAAGGGUAUCACACGCUUGAUUAUUGAAGAUGAAGAUAUCGAUGAAAUGAUCAAACUGGCCAGACAAUCGGCUGAAUCGACCAUUCAAUACUUUAGCAGCGUCAUGUCCACUUACCUUCAAAUGCUGCCACGUGCUCAGAGACCGGAAGUUAUUAUCCAGGGCGAUAUGCGUGUCCAGGACGCAUUGACCAAAUUAUCGCAGAAAACCGAAGAUCUCAUCGUGUCUGCUGCAACGGACAUCAACAAAUUGGCCGAAGGUGAAGUGGGUGAUCUCGUUGAACAAGAAAUGUCCAAUGCCGCUCGUGCCAUCGAGGAAGCGACCGCCAAGAUUCAAGAAUUGAUGCGUAAACCCGCCAACCCUGAAUUUUCCGCCACCGACCUUCAAGUGCAUCAGCUCAUCCUGAACUCUGUCCUGGCAUUGACCAACGCCAUUGCGAAUUUGAUUAAAUGUGCUACUGCUUCGCAGCAGGAGAUUGUCGCGCAAGGACGUGGCACAUCGUCCAAAGCUGCCUUUUACAAAAAACACAACCGAUGGACCGAAGGUCUCAUUUCCGCAGCUAAAGCUGUGGCGGUAGCCACCAAUCUAUUGGUGGAAGCAGCGGACGGCGUCAUUACAAAGACUCACUCUCUGGAACAAUUGAUUGUGGCUUCCAACGAAGUUUCGGCAGCUACGGCCCAAUUGGUGGCGGCUUCUCGUGUGAAAUCGACGUUCAUGUCCCGCACACAGGAACGUCUGGAAAUAGCCGCCAAGGCAGUCAAGGAUGCCGCCAAUGAGCUGGUCAAGCAAGUGAAGAACUUGGUUUCUCAAAAGGCAGACAAUGAUGACCUCCACAUCGAUUUCAACAAAUUAUCGGUCCACGAGUUCAAACGACGUGAAAUGGAACAGCAAGUCAAGAUUCUCAAAUUGGAUGCCGAGUUGACCAAUGCUCGUCGUAUUUUGGCUGAAAUGAGGCGAAGUGGUUAUCAUACAGAGGAGACCGACUAAAUGUAGAGUUCAUUUUUUCUUGCAUAUUUCUAUACAAUAAAACCCCUAAAAACACGACGCUUUUUUCAUGCAAUGCAAAAAAAAAAAGGCAUUUCUAAAUUAGGCAAUUGUGACC